AUGGCUACAGAAGUGAGCACAGAGGUUACAAAAGAGUCCAAGACGCUUCAACUUCGGACAGAAACCUCUAUCAACUAUGAUAAGGAGAGCUACAAAUAUGAGAGCUACAUGCCGCAUUUUGUGCCCGGAACCCAGCCUCCAUUGGAAGAAUUCCAACAUGACGACGUCGAUUCGAGGGCUGAUCAGGCCAAGAAGAAUCUUCUAGGAACUAUUGGAGUCAGCCAUGAAGAAGUCAUAUCAGCGCUGGACCCUGCCCAGCUGGACGAACUGGCACUACUUGCAGCCGAACGUGGCGUGGUGAUCUUCCGAGACCAGAACAUUGCAGACAUCGGACCAGAGAAGCAGAAAGCCUACGGAAAGCAUUUCGGUCCACUGCAUGUCCAUCAUAUGGGUGGCCAGAUCAAGGAUCACCCGGAACUGCUACCAGUGUACCGUGACUUCGCGGCCGGUGCUAUCGAUAACGAAAUCAAAGACAACGUCACCAGCGUGAAGUGGCACAGUGAUAUGAGCUACGAGAUCAACGGAAUGGGCACAACGACUUUCUUGCCUUUGAGCACUCCAUCGUCGGGAGGUGAUACUCUUUACCUCUCCACUACAGCUGCCUACUACUCUCUCUCAGAAACCUACCGGAUGUUGCUUCACAGCUUGAAGGCUGUUCACUCCGGCUUCUCUCAAGCCUCGGUGAACGACCACCGCGACCGGUACAUCAGAGAGCCUAUCGAAACGAUCCAUCCAGUCGUUCGAACUCACCCCGUCACAAAGCAGCUUUCCCUCUACGUCAACCGACUGUACACAAAACGUAUUGUCGGGAUGAAGCAGGAAGAGAGUGUCGCCCUGCUAGGAUUCUUGUUCGACCAUAUCGAGAGAGGCCAGGACUGGCACCUGCGGGUUCACUGGAAGCCAGGAACAGUCGUGGUCUACGACAACAGGAACACUCUGCACUCCGCGCUGCGAGACUUCAGGGUAGAAGAGGGGACAACUAGGCGGCAUAUGUUGCGGAUCACGCCGCAAGCGGAGAGGCCGUACUUCGAGGAGUCACAAGGCUCGUAGUGAC